CUUGUUGGAUUCAAUUUUUAGGCAGAGAAGGUUAUACUGGGACUCAACAAAACUUUUCCUUCGGAUGGUUUGCUUCCCAUCUAUAUCAAUCCUGAAAGAGUAGGCGGAUCACACUCUACGAUAACCUUUGGUGCCAUGGGAGAUAGCUUUUAUGAAUAUUUGCUGAAAGUUUGGGUACAAGGGAACAAGACUUCAGCUGUAAAACUUUACAGGCAAAUGUGGGAGACGUCAAUGAAAGGUCUGUUAAGCUUGGUUAGGAGAACAACACCAUCAUCUUUCACAUACAUUUGUGAGAGGAAUGGCGGUUCUUUGACAGAUAAAAUGGAUGAAUUAGCAUGCUUUGUUCCUGGAAUGCUGGCUUUAGGAGCAUCUGGUUACGGGUCUGAUGAAUCUCAGAAAUUUCUUUUACUUGCAGAAGAGCUUGCUUGGACUUGUUAUAACUUUUACCAGUCUACUCCAACAAAAUUGGCUGGGGAAAAUUACUUCUUUCCUUCUGGGCAGGACUUAUCUGUGGGUACAUCAUGGAACAUCUUGAGACCAGAGACAGUUGAAUCAUUGUUUUACCUAUGGCGUUUAACUGGCAACAAAACGUAUCAAGAAUGGGGUUGGAAUAUAUUUCAAGCUUUUGAAAAGAAUUCCCGAAUAGAAUCUGGAUAUGUUGGACUGAAGGAUGUCAAUACCGGAGUCAAAGAUAACAUGAUGCAAAGCUUCUUUCUAGCAGAGACACUGAAGUACCUGUAUCUUCUUUUCUCACCUCCUACAGUGAUUCCACUUGAUGAAUGGGUUUUUAAUACAGAGGCUCACCCUCUAAGAAUUGUAACCCGUCAUGAUGGAGAAAAUAUUGAAAACUUAGAUAGUACCCAUAAACCAAUGAUUAGGUUACGCGCCAGGAAAGAAGGUCGAUCGAAGAAUCAUUAGGCAUCCUAUUUUUUGGUUGUCCAAAAUUUUUUUUAACGCUGUAGUGAAUAGCCAGGGAGUUACAUGUCACAGUAAUGAGAAUUAGAUUGAUGGUGUGGAGUCUCAGCAGCAUCCAGAGUUCGUGAAUUUCUUCAUUUGGGGCUGCUAGGAAUUGUUGUAUCGUUUGACAGAAAACUGGUAUUUUAUCAAAUCCAAUAUUAUAUGUAACAUAGGAAAUAUCGCCUACAGCAACUGUUAUCUAAAGGGAAAAGGGUUUCACCCUGUUAGUUUAUAUCCCAUUUAUUGUUUUAUGAAAGAAUGUUUCUCCUUUCUUGGUUCAGGUAUACCAGAUUUUAACUCACUCUUUUCAUGUUCUCCUUCUCAUUUUGAGUAUUGGUAACUUCACAGCUAAUUGAAUUCUAUUCGUUUGGUAA